CCAAAAACCUCGCCUUCUCCCGAAGGCUUAAAGUCGCAAAACAACCUCAAUCGUUACGUCAUCUCUCGAUAAUCAUUUUGAACUCCGUUGUUCGCACAUUUCCUGCAGAUCUUUCAACUUUCCAUCAAUUCUCUCGAGUUUUCUUCCAAACCAGGAACGAUGCAGAUUUUUGUUGCAAACACUAACGGGGAAAACCAUCACUCUCGAGGUCGAGAGCAGUGACACAAUUGACAAUGUCAAGGUGGAAAUCCAGAGACUGAUAUUUGCUGGCAAGCAACUACAGGAUGGGUGAACUCUUACUGAUUACAAUAUACAGAAGGAAUGCACCCUUUAUCUUGUGUUGAGGUUGAGAGGUGGUAUGAUGAUCAAAGUUAAAACUCUUAUUGGCAAGGAGGUUGAAAUUGACAUCGAACCAACUGAUACAAUUGAGGAUUAAGCAGCGAGUCGAGGAACAGGACGGAAUACCCCCAGUUCAACAAAGGCAUUGAUGGAGUCAUAGGAUUGUGCAUGACUUCUACAAUUGGAGCUCCUAUGAGCUCCACACGACACUUGGAUCCAGGAAAGUUUUCUAGUUGUAAUGCAUCACAGUCUUUAGGAGCGGACUCUGGGCAGGUGAGCAAGUGAUGGUCUUUAAGACCCUUUCUCUUAAGAAUGCAAGUAAUAUUUGUGAUUCGCUCUGGGAUCUGCCCUUCUAGUUCUUUUCCUUUGUGUUGCACCUUGAAUUGAGGGUUAUCUUGGGUUUGAGCCCAUUGCUCAAUUGGAAGGUUCUUAAUGUUUCAACCUUGAGAUGUGUGUUUGAACCUGGCUUACCUAUAGGAAACAGAAAAAAGUGGUUUUUUUUUAGGCAAGAAACAGAAAAAAGUGUUAAUAAGUAUGGUAUAUAAUCCUAUGCUCCAUGCAAAAACCAUAGUCAAUUGGGUUACUACCAUUCAUGGAAAUGAUAGAGAGACAGGGCCCUACUUAUAACAGGUCCCACCAUUGAUCUAUCACUGUCCACUGUUCCAAUGUACGGUGCGGACCCACUAAACAAUGGUUUUCAUUUUCUCUUAGUUAUUGGAUAGUUCACCAUUUUAAUUAUAUGCAGGACUCUAGUCUUUUUCUUUAUCCCACCAGCUUAAAUAAUGAUCAGUGGCUUAUCAACUCGGCUGCUGAACAUUUGUAUCUCUUCCUUCUGCAAAGCAAGAAACUUGGAAAAGGCUGAAGCCCUAAUUAUGGACGGUAUACGGCUUGGGUAUCUUCCCGAUAUUGUGACCUACAAUACUUUAAUCGCUGCAUAUUGCCGGUUUCUUGGUGUCGAUGCUGCAUACUCAGUUCUUGACAAAAUGAAAGAAGCUGGAAUCCAUCCCGAUGUUAUCACUUACAAUACUCUAAUUACCUGUGCUACCAAGAAAAAGCUUAUAUCACGAACCCUUGAUUUGUUCCAUGAGAUGCUAGAGUCUGAGAUUGUUCCUGAUGCUUGGAGUUACAACUCAAUGAUCCACUGUUACUUCAAAGCUGGAAGGUCUGAUGAUGCUUACCAGAUUAUCCAGGAAAUGUUCUCGAGGAACAUUGCACCUACCUUAGCCACAUAUAAUACCAUAAUCAAUGGCCUAUGUAAGGCUGGUGACAUAGGUGAUGCCCUUAGAUUGUUUAGGAAGCUUGAUGUGCUCUGUUGCCCUCCAGAAUUAAUCACAUACAACAUACUAAUUGAUGGACUUUGCAAGUGUGGCAAGGUGCCUGAAGCGAGAAGGGUCCUCAAGGAGCUCGGGAUAUUGGGUUAUACCCCAAAUGCCAUAACAUAUACGACUGUCAUAACCGGCUGUUUUCGAUCAGGUCAAGCCAAUCUUGGUGUUGAGCUCUUUUCUGAAAUGAAGCAUAAAGGCUACAAUAUUGAUGCCUUUGCAUAUUGUACAAUGAUUAGUGCUUUUUCCAAGUUGGGUAUGACCGAAGAGGCUUAUGCUUACACAGACCAGAUGCUUGGCUGUGGGGCCCCUAUUGAUAUUGUUUCUUACAAUACCAUGAUGAAUAGCUAUUGUAAAGCAGGGGACUUGGUCUCAGCUUUUCGGCUUUUGAAUGAGAUAGAGGAUGGGGGUCAAAAAAGUGAUGAAUAUACCCAUACAAUACUGAUUGAUGGGUUGUGUAAGAUAGGUGAUGUGGAUGCCGCGAGAAGGCAUUUUAGAUAUAUGGAGACGAGGGGCUUGGGAUCGAGCAUUGUGGCUAGGAAUUGCUUGAUUCAUGGGUUGUUUAAAGCUGGUCAGGUGGACUUAGCCAUCAAGCUGUUUAGUGAGAUGAAGGUAAAAGACUCUUAUACUUAUACCUCUGUUUUGCAUGGGCUUUGUAAGGCUAAGAGAUUCAAUGUUGCUGUUAGGCUUUUGUCGGCUUGCUUGAAAGAUGGAGUAAAGGUCCUCAGGUCGGCUCGUCGUGCUGUCUUGGCUGGUUUUAGGAAGGAAUCGAGGAAGCUCAAGUCCACAAUUUGUCUGGCCAAGGGCUUACAUACUUGAGAGUGGGCCUGAUCUCUUCCUUGAAUUGGUUGUCUGAUGCAGCUCCAAGAAAUGGCUAAGGUCUUGAGAUAUCGGGCGGUAUCUUUUCCUCGAAUCCGUAAAGAAGCUCAUCUCCGAGAAAUGGGUGUUGAGAAGGUUCAAGAAAUGAGGUGAGCUUGCAAUAUUGAGAGGUGUAUUGCCUUGUCUAGAGCCAAGCUGUUAUUGUGACUCAAGGAAAUUGAAUUUUCAUGUGGAAUGAGGGAAAUAGCCUUUAGCCUUUACUUUUGAAGCUAUACCUACCCGCCAUGGCCCGAAGACAAUGAAGAGAGAUGUUUGCUGAAUUGGUUUGUGAUGGAUUCCUUGUUGGGAGUUGUCAUUGCGGAUUUCUCAUUAGCUUCUUUCCCAGCUUAUUGGUGGACUUUUUACAGGGCAGUUCACAGGAGAAGUGGAGGUGCCCUGUUCAUUCAGGCUGACAAGGGGUGAUGAAUAAGGUUGUUUAUCGGUUUGACAAAGUUGCUUUUUGUAACCAUUAUUUUUAUAAUGUUGCUUUUUGUAACCGUUAUUGUUUUAUCUAUAUCUAUAUCAUUAAGAGAGAAGAGCAAA